GCAGUUGCAACUUGUUGUUAACUUUGGGUGGUUGUCUUUCAUUUCUAUAACAAGAGAAGGGUCCAUGUUGUAGAAUUGUCAGGUAUCUUUUCAAGCAGAUUUUAAUAAUAGAGUAGCUUUGUAGAAAUUAAAUUGGGCUAGUCAGUUGGAUUUGGGGACAUUUUCUGAAACACCUACAAAAGGAACAUUGAAUUUUAUGGUGGGAGAAAGGUGGGAUCAAAAUACAUUUUGUAAAAGUAAUUAUAAUAUAAUGGCCAAAAGGAUAACAGCUUUUUAGCAUGUAGCAUUCCAAAAACUAUCCUUGAGCUUCAGAGCUGCUUUUCCCACUUUGGGGCCCUCUGUUUUAGCAGCAUAAUCUGCAGAAUUUGUACUCCAAAUUCCUUUAGGCAUGCUAAAGUUCCCAUCUUUAAUUUCUGGUUUGUCCAGUUAGGACUGGCAACAAUGCAUGCCAAAAGCCACAGAGAAUCACGGCUGCUCUUUGUAGAUUAGCUUUCUCCUAUUUGGUACCAGGACAGAAUUGGUAACUUUUGAGUAAGAGAAAUUGUGAAAAUUAGAAAUUUAUGUUUUAAAUAGUGAAAAUAAAGCAUCGUAUUAAACAGAUUGAAUUGGGUUACACAGAGAUUUAUUCCAAAGACCAUUGACCAGCUAAGCAAUAGGGCAACCACAGUUUAUUACUACAGUUCUUGAAUGUUACAUCCUGUUGACUGGCCCAUCUUUAAUUGUUCUGGAUACUUGUUGAAGUAGCUGAAAGUGCAUUUUGCCAACUGGAAUCCAGGUCAACAGAUUCAACAGUUGGAACAUCAGGCAACAAUUUGUGAAGAAGGAAAGCCGUGAAGUCAUGGAUAAGGACAACAUGAGCCUAGCUGACCAGCAGUAUGAAUGUGUGGCGGAAAUUGGUGAAGGAGCCUAUGGGAAAGUGUUCAAGGCUCGAGACUUGAAGAAUGGAGGGCGCUUUGUAGCACUGAAGAGGGUGCGGGUGCAGACCAGCGAGGAAGGGAUGCCGCUUUCCACUAUACGCGAGGUGGCAGUCUUGAAGCAUCUGGAAACGUUUGAGCAUCCCAACGUGGUCAGGUUAUUUGAUGUAUGCACAGUAUCUCGAACUGAACGAGAGACAAAAUUAACACUGGUGUUUGAACAUGUUGAUCAAGACUUGACCACUUACUUGAAUAAAGUUCCAGAGCCUGGUGUUCCUAGUGAAACUAUCAAGGAUAUGAUGUUUCAGCUGCUGCGAGGCCUUGAUUUUCUACAUUCACACAGAGUGGUCCACCGUGAUUUAAAGCCUCAAAACAUUCUAGUUACCAGCAGUGGACAAAUAAAAUUAGCUGACUUUGGCCUUGCGCGGAUCUAUAGUUUUCAGAUGGCUCUUACUUCUGUGGUUGUUACAUUGUGGUAUAGAGCUCCUGAAGUUCUGCUUCAAUCCAGCUAUGCAACACCAGUUGAUCUUUGGAGUGUAGGUUGCAUAUUUGCAGAAAUGUUCCGUCGCAAGCCGCUUUUCCGUGGUAACUCUGAUGUUGAUCAGCUAGGAAAAAUCUUUGAAGUAAUUGGUCUUCCUGAAGAAGAAGAUUGGCCUAUUGAUGUUGCCCUCCCAAGGAAUGCUUUUGCUUCUCAAUCCCCACAGCCCAUUGAACUUCUUGUAACAGAUAUUGAUGAACUGGGCAAAGACUUGCUACUUAAAUGUCUGACAUUCAAUCCUAUGAAGAGAAUAUCAGCUUAUGAUGCCUUGACCCAUCCUUAUUUUCAUGACUUGGAGAAAUGCAAAGAGAAUACAGAUUCUGAUGUGUCCUCCAGUCAAAACUCCACAGAGAUGAAUUCACUGUAAGGCUUUAUCAAGCUAACCUAAGGAGAAACAAACUAGUUUGAUAAGAUCACUGUUAAAGGUAAAAAGCAUCAUUGUAUGUCUGAAAACUUUCUUGAAGACUCCACAUAAUUAUGUAGUUCUUCAAAAUGAUGCUUUGCCUCUCUAAGGGAAAAAAACACAGUUAGGCAUGUCAAAACAAUUCAAGAUACAAAAACUUUAAAUAGAUUUCACUGUAGCUUGGUAUUUGUUAGUCUAUCUCGAAAUCUACCAGAUGAAGAAGCUGUUGAUCAGUUUUGCUGCCUUUUUCUCCUAGCAUUGAACGAUGCCACCAUGGAUUAGAAGAAUUCAGAGUCUCUGCCAAAAUAUGACUUGAUUUCUGUUUCUGGGUGCUGAAGUUUGACGAGCCCCUUCUCUGGGAGUUAUGGUGGUAGUUUGUUUUGCUGUUUAUUUCCUUGAUCAUGAAUUCAGAAAUAUUGUUGAAGUAAUAUUUAAAAGAGUGACACUGAGCUAUUAAUCUCUCUACCCUAACGUUAAGAGAAAAAUGUAAAAAAUACAUCUGGCUAUUAUAAUCCACAGGUUCCUUCCCUAAUAAGAGAUGAGAGAUGAUAACUUUUACUGUGUCUGUGACUUAAUAUUCAAAUAUUAAUAAUAUACAUAUGGUAAAGGGAACAGCUGGUUUUAAAGAAAUUAAUUUGUAGCAAUCUUUCCUAUCAUCUAAAUUUAUGUCAAUCACUGCACAACAUUUCAUCUUUAUCUUUUCUGAUAGUAUAUACUUCUAUGACUUUGGAAGUUAUGAAUUUCAGAUUUAUCAUUUUCAGAUUCAAGGAUGAAAUAAGAACAAAAAUAAGUGUUCAUAUAUAGUUGUAUGUAUAUAUAAACACCUAAUUUUGCUUACUCACACAUGCACAUGUGUACAUAAACUAAAAUGGCAACCUGAAAAAAUCUCCAAAAUAAGCCCUGUUAAAUUUAGUGAGGCACAACUGUUUAUAGAAUUGAUUAUUUGAUAAAUUGCAAACUAUUUCCACUUAUGUGAGACUAAACUGCCAUUGAAUCACAUGUGAAUUUCUGCACAGCACAUUAAAAAAAAAUCUGCAGUCUUGUAUGGUUUUCUCUUGAGGGUAAAUUAUUUUGAACAAAAUGUGCUUUUAUUCAACUGCAGAUAUAUUUAAAGCCUUUGAAAUCUCUGGGACAAUAGAGUAAAAUCCACAGGGAUUAUAAUGGAAGUACUAUGCUAAAGUACUGUAUGGUGGUGUAAACAUGGAUCUAAUUUACUGAGACUUACUUCUGAAUAAACAUGCAGUGGAUUAUGCAAUGAGAAACCAGGUGCUCAUAGCUGACAUUCAAGCCUGUAUGUCAUUAUUGCAAUUAACUCAGGCAUCAGACCACAUAGCCUUCACGUUUGUUUCAAGUUUGCUUCCAAUCUGACAUUUAAUAUAAUUCAAUAGAUUUUAUUUUUCUAUAUGAAAAUAUUAGAAAACCAUACUGCUCUACUCUGCUUUGCCUUUCACAUUUGCUUUAUUUGAAAGCCAAUGUUAAUGAAUAAGUCACAUGGAUAUGUUAGCACAAGUAUUUUAAAUCUUGCAUUAAAUGUCUGUAUGUUUUAGAGUUUUUGUAAAAAAAAAUAGAAUUUUAAAAAGAAAAAUUAUUUUUGUAGUAUGAUUUGAUUAAAUCUUCUUAAUCCACGUCCCUCAUUGUAGCAUCUAAUAUAGCUCCAAUGCCAAUAUAUUAAUGGCUGCAACAAAUCAGAAGAUACAGGGGCUAUUGGAACCAAUCGAUGAAUUGUAUUCUUACCUAUUAUAAUUGUUGCUCUGCUAUCUAAUCAUCUUUUUCUGUUUACUAAGUUGUAUCAACUAUUUCUUCAUACUUUGAAUAUUAAUUCCUGGAAUAAGUCAAUCUUUUCCUGUAUAAUAUUCAUUCAUUUUAUUUGUAGCCUAUAUAAGGUGUGAAAAGGUGCAUGAGUCCAAAAAUUCAGCAUUGCUUUUGAUUUGUUUUCCUAAGUAGUGUAUCUCAAUAAUUUGUUCUCAGUGGAACAUAGGUAAGCUCAUGUGACUAUCUCUUUGUUAUAUCCCUUUGUUAUAUAAUGUCCUCUGUCAAGACUAGUCAUCCAAAUUACUAAACAAAAUGCCCUGCUUAGAAGUUUCUCACAGUUUGCGUAUCUAUUUCAAAUAAUUUUCCAGAAACUGAAACUCUGCUAUGCCAACAUUUUGCAAUCAUCUUGAACUUCUGUAGAGUAACACCAUUGGUUACUAUUGGUUUUUAUUAGUGCAAUUCUAACCCAGAUUGAAUUUAAGAGAGCUUAGUGUUUUAUGGAAAUAUCAAUGAAAUUAUUUCUGACUAAGCAACAGUAGAUAUACUUUGCAAAUAUGAGCAGUUCAAGUAGCCUAUUAUAUUUCCAAGUUUUACAUUGUGGAGAAGCAGUGAAGCUGACCAGAAGAAAUACCGAGGAACAACUUGUUAAAAGGCAGAGCUCCAAAUGCUGAAAAUCCAAUAUUGUAUUUCUGAUGUAUAGUUAGAAAGGACAAACCUACCUUGAACCUUGGAUAGUUGGUUUAAUACAAAUAGUAUGGACUAGAUAAAUUAAUAGUUGAAUAUGGUUAAAUGUAGUAUCCUCUGUUCUUUACGUUUCUACCUUUGCUGAUGUAUCCUAGUUAUUACAUCUAUAUCAUAUAGUUCUAAGCUGAACAUCUAAUUGCUUCUAUUAGUUUCAAGAUAUUUUCUUUAGAAAUAUAAGACUAUUUGUUCUGCUAUUCAUGCUAUCAACUAUGUGCAAUAGAAAUUAUUCAACUUUAUGUGUGUUCAUUUAGGUUUGGCGUAGACUUAGCUCAGGGAAUACCUGCAGAAGAAUCUCUCCUGCCACCAUUUCAGUUCCUUGGCUCUUGCCCUAAAACUCAACAGGGGCUUGCAAUUUCCAGGAGAAUUUUUCACUUUCUCAUUUCUGACAGUAAUUCCUUAGGAUGUGACAGAAGACCCUCUAAGGAGUUUUGAGGUGGGAGUGACUCAAAACCUUGCUGCACAUUUGGACCCCACCAUACAUACAGCUCUUUGGGCUAAAGAGCAAUAGAUCAGAUGCUGAGAAAAAGUAUUCCAGCAAAGUUUUCUUGCAGCAUGAUAUGAAUCUUUUGUGUAUUGUGUGUGUAUUGUAACCUGCACCAACUAUAUGUUCACCAGCAUACCAUAAAAUGUUUGUUUUGUUUAUGAGAAUUGUUUCAGUUAGCUAGUCUAAUUUUUAAUAGGAUUCUUCGUUCUUGGCCUGAAUAUACUGUAUGCUUGCAUAGCAAUUCAAAGUUUGCAGUCUAAGAUAACAUAUAAUGAGUUCUAGCAUCUUUGAUUCUAUUGCAAGGUUACAUUGAAAUUUAUCUUUAGUAUCUUUUACUUUAACCUAUUGGACAGCAAUAUAUCUCAAGCUGGUCCUGCUUGCUGUCAACCAUUUUCAUGACUAUCCCUCUUGCUGAACGUUAUCUGUUCAUGUAUGCAUUUUGUUACUUGUUUAUAUAAAAUACACAUACAUUAUUCACAGAUUACAUUGUACAGAUUUAUUGGCUGCUAGAAAUUACAAUUACUUUAAAUCCAAAAAGAUACGAUCUCAGGUAUCUUUGCACUUAACAGUAUCUUCUUUAUGGCUUAUAGAUUUUAUUGUAUUGCAUAUAAGUUUAUUCAAUAAUCCAGUGCACCAUGUUGAGUUUUAAAAGAUUAAGCAUACUUACAGUAUUUUUUAAAAAGCUUUUAGCUAGUGGUUUAGAAAUUUUCUACCCUACAUGAGGUCAGGAUAAAUUAACUACACAUAUUUUAUUAAAUCAUCAAAAACUAUUUUGUAUUCAUUAUAUUUAACUUAAUACAUAUAGAUAUAAUUUUAGUUGCAGAACACGUGAAAGUGACAAACUAAAUGGAAUAAGUAAGAGUCAGGACUUCAGAAAACAGUGUAUGUUAGUGUGGAGAAAUUUCAAAUAUAUUUAAGCAGACCUUAGCAUACCCUUAAAUUUAAGCAUCCAUCUGAUCACAAAGAACAGGAAAUAGCAUGUAGCUCAGAGAACUGCAAGUAGGGAAGAGAAUGGGAAUAUGCUAUCACCUUCUUUUCCCAGCAUAGAAACCAAGCAGGUUGUUAGAAAUCUCUAUAAUAACUGUAGCUGCUGAAAGGCACUCAAAGCUUAAAUCUCCUCUGCCAGCUUUCUAAACGCUAAUAAACUUCUUUUUUGCAGGUUACUAAUCUCUAAAACCUUAUUUUGAAGACUGUUUUGAUACAUAAAUAUUGACUUUUAUCCAACAAUUUGCUUCCUUCUUUUGAUAUUCAGCACAAUGUGUUCAUAAUGUUGCUUUGUCAAAAAUUAAUAUAGUCAGCCAGUUGUAUAUUUAGCAAUAAAAGCUUUUGAAUAGUUUCAAUAUACAUUUUAAAAGAUCUUGCAGGGAAAAUAUUGUUUUUUCAAGUUUGCAGUCUGUUUGCUUCUUUUUAUUUAUCUAAUUACAAAUUCUAGUGGAAUUUUUGUAUAUAAAAAUUAGAACUGCAAAUUUCUAGGCGCAUGCUUACAGUUCUGCUGCUUGCUUCCAUUUUGAUGAACAUGUCUAAAUCAUCCAAUAGUUGCAAAUAUCAGAGUCAAUAAAACAGGUAUUUUGCUUUCAGUUAACAUAAUUUGGACAUGUUUAGAAGUGGUCAUUCACUAUUUAUGCUGUUGCAUUCAUAUAAAUAUUGUGGUCCUCCACUUGCUAAAUGGACAUUUCACCUACUGAAAUCAAUGACCCUUUCAAGUACUAAGUUCAAGAUUGGAAUUUUUGAUACUGUACAUACAUAUUAUUCACAUUUAUAUUUUUUUCAUUAUACACUGUGCAGAAAAUUCAUGAAGAACUUGCAGUGAAUUAUCUACUUAUUUGUGGAGUUUCUUUCCAUUUUAUAUGUAAGGAGCAUGUUUUCAGUUUAAAGCAUAUAGAAAAAUGAAAGUACAACUCACAUCACAAUUAGACUAAAAUUGGUGAAGUGCUGAAAGACUCAGGAUAGAAAGAUCUGAAUUGGGGGUGGGGGCGAACAGUACUAGAGAUGAGUGACACAGAACAAAUAGGUUUGAUGAAAUACCAGGACUCAAACCUAAUAAUCUUGAAGAAAUAUAGGCAGAUGAAGCUAACUGACAGUCCGGAAGAACUAAUUUACCAUCAUAACCUAGGAGAAACAGAAAAUGAUACAAAGGCAUUGAAACAAAAUCAACAUUUUGUUUCAUUUCACAGAUGUUAGCCUGAAUAGAAGUAGUUAGCAAUAAUUGAAAAACCAGCGGCUACCAACAGGGUAUGAUGUUUGAAAAGUGGCAGAGAUAAUUAUGCCAUCUACUAUUUUUCAGUCUAAAUUAACUCAUGUCAUUUAAAGGUGACUAUCCAAGACUAAAUAAAGCCUUUUCUCUCAACUCUCAUCCGGAUGGCAAAUCCUCUGGCUGCUGAUGCCAUGCACAAUAUAUUCUUCAUAAACCCAGUGUUGGUUGGUUUAACUUGACAAUUUCCAAUUAGUAACAUCCAUUUUUGAAGGAUAUGCAUUGUGCAUCACAAACUUUGAUUUAUUAGGAUCUAUUGUUUCUCCAAUCCAUUGAUAGUGUCUUCCAGUUGCAGAUGUAUCUGUUGAGAGAUUGGUGAAGGGGAAAUGACAGUUGUAUUGUCAUCAAAGAAUGUGAAUAUUUGUGUGAGUCAUGAUGAAAGUACACAUUAUAUCAUUUCUAUAACAGUGCAUUUACAAUAUUGAUCUCAUUGUGGCUUAUUAAGGUGCCUAUGAUUUGUGAAUAUAAGAAAUCAGCAUGCCCCUUUUACAAAAUAUGUUCUAUACUUUUCAAACUGUUUACAGUGCCAGUGGCUAGAUCGUCAUGUUCUGCUAAUCCAUAAAAUAGUCUGUUGGGUUAUGUUAUAGCAUAUUAUAUGAACUCAGUCAUUUUGGGUUGUUGUUUUUUUGUAAAUCAUACUAGCAACUUGUGUGAGCAAAUUCAAAAAAUAUAUGAACCCUAUUAGUGUAUUUGUUUUAAUGAUCAGUCUGAUGUAAGAUAUCAAUGGAGUAGGACACCUAAAACAGUGAAUUAUAUUUUUACACUUUUACUAUUUGCUGUAUAUUAUUAUUUGCAUGUUGGAAUGCACCUCUAAAAUUAUUUCUUUUUAGGUGUCUACAGUCCAUAGAGACUAUUUGCCCUAUUGUACUAAAGUGAUUCAAAUUGUGUGCAUCUGCUGUAUAUGCUUACCAUAUGAGCAAAGAAGUUGGUUUCUGGGUCUCAGUUUGCCCUCCUAAGAAUAUGACCAUUCAUUGAUUAAAUAUUUUACUCAGUAAGAUUCUAUAGGUUGAAUAUUAUAACUUGAAAUUCAUUUUUUGAAAGUGGCAAAAAAUGUCUAUAUAUUCUGUCAUAUCAAAAUAUGUUUUUGUCAGUGCAUACGUCAUUUAAUUUUAUUUUGUUAUAUAAUCAUAUUUUUAUGAUUCAUAAUAUUUUGGAAAUGCAAAAAUACAUGAUUACCAGUUUUCUGUCUGAAGUUAAAUUAUAUUUACUUUGUUUUGAAUUAUAAUCCUAAAGAAAGUUUUCUGUUCUAGAAUAUAUCAGUGGAAAUUUUAUAAAGCAGCUUCAUUGUUAAGUUUCUGAGACUGUAUGGAAUUCUACAUUCAUGGGCCUUUUAUUUUUCUUUUCUGAGCAAGGAAUUAAUGUUCACACAGUGAGGAAUCUGCUGCUUUCCUCAGACAAGAGAAUGAGCAAAUUCUGCACAUAAUUCCAGGCCAUGGGUACUUCAGUGGUUAUACAUAGAUUCUAUUUCCUUAUUAACUUGAGUAAGUGAUAAUGACAUUAUUUUUGAGAAAUCACAUUCUAGUGAAUUGCAAUUGCAAUUACGAAUAAAGAACAAUUCUAUGUAUACCAGGUUUUCUACACUCCGCUGAGAAUAGGGUGAUCGCACAAUGAGAGAAUGAGCUAGUGUCUUAACACAGCUGGCUGACUCACUUAAUGGUAUAAAUAUUGAUUGAAUUAUCCUAAUGAUGCUAUUUCUCUAGCUCAGGGGUGACAAACCUUGGGCCCAGAUGCGUCACGCGCUGGCCAUGCCCACCCCUGAUUUAACAAACGUGAGGACAAUGUGAGGACACGAAUUUGACACCCCUGCUCUAACUCAAUUGCUUUGAGCUUUCAAGCCUAGAAUUAAACCUGAGGGUUUUCAAUCAGCUGACUUUUCUUCAGGAUUGCAAUGCUAUUUAUUAGAUGGUUACAGUUUGAGGAUUGUGUCCCUAAGCAGAAUUUCUCUUGAAAUCCUUCCAUCUAAACUAGUGAAUUUUAAAUGUCUUUACAGUUACAAAAAAAUUGCAGUCUCAGGUUCUUGCUUAGCAACUGGCUGAUUUAAUGAAGAUACAUGGUUAGUAACUGCACUCAAACCCAAUUCAUAGGGUAAAAAUUUAUUUCCACCUUAUUGUAUAUCUGCAGUGUAAAUGAUUGCUAUUUUAAAUGAUGUAUGUUACAAGUUAACUAAAGUGGAUCUCUCAGCUACUUGGAGCUGAGAUAAAGUGUAAAAUGUAGUCUUAAAAUUGUAAGUGUAGGAGAUCUGGACUCUUGCAUUAUUGUUUUCAUUUUUUAAAAUGUUCAUUAUAGAUUGUGAGCUGUUAAUCUUAUUAGACUAAAAGAGAGACAGAAUUUUAAAUAAAUCACCUGAACAAGCUGCAUAGUAUAAUAUUUGUAUUUUGCCACUAAAGAGACAAAGCUUGUUGGAUAUAAUAUCUUUUAGAUCUUGUUUUUGAAAAGAACAUAGGUGAACUUGAUAAGUUUAAAUAGAGUAAAAUUUAUAGAACAAUACAAUGUAAAAUAUUUUGUGGAAAAUUAGUUAGAUUUAAUAAGCUUUCUUUUUUUCUUUUUUGUAGUUUUUAGAAAUGAGUCCAUGAUAACUGAUACAUUUUAGCUUUGAUAACUCUGUAUAUAAAAAUAAAAUUAUGUGACAAUGGUUAAAUAAUUCUACCUUUGUUGAAUGGGGAUGCCAAGGAAAAAAACAUUCUACUGUGCUUCUAGACACAAUUUGUUCAGCAGAAGACAUUUGAUUGAGGAUAGUCGCUGUUAUACCAAUGUUGUUAGCAUAACACAAGAGGCAGUAUAAAAGAGUAGCCUAAUUGUUUAACUACAAAUUAAAUAACACAUUCCAUAUACUGAGCUGACGUUUAAAAGCAUCAGUUCCAUGAAUGAUCCAUGCUUUAAUUUCAAUAACAAAUUAUACUACAAUAAUAAAUACUAGGCCACUGCUUGUGUAUAAAGUUUUAGAGAAAAAUUGUGGAUUAAGGUAAGAAUUGUUCAUGUUAAGUCUUAGUUUCUUUUUGUUCUCUUAUUAUAAAUUAAAAGGAGAGGAAGAAGUGAAAUAUUGAUGAAACCCAUUACGUGUUAAUUAUUAUAGUAUAGUAUAGCGUUUAUUGUCAUUGUACAAAAUAAAUACGAAAUUGGUUUAGAAACUGGGGCCAUUGAUGAUUUUAAAAAAUAUGAAUUGGAUGUCUCUGCACCUAAUUCUAGUUCAGCAGGGACUCAAUGUGUUCAGAGAUUCUUUCUAAGAGGACAUACUGAUUAAACCUGAGAUACAUGGAUGUUUAUUAAACUCUUGGUUUACAGUAUUACAGUAUUUAAAAUAUUGGUAUUGACCAGUUUUUAAAAUUAUUUUAUUCUGAUCAUUAGAUGUUUUUUCUGUUUUCUUGUCAUUAGCCCAAUUUGAAAGCAAUGUAAUAUAAUUGUAGCCUUCCACAAAAUCUGAUGAAUCACAAAAUUAUUCUCAGUUGGAAAAAAAAAUUGACCUGAAGAUAACAUGGAUUGCCACCGCUAUAAAAAAACAAGUGAAACUUUGCCUAUGAAAUCAAACAAUCCACAAAAGAGAGUGAUUAUGUAUCACAGAACCAGCCAAAGAUUAAGUUGUCUUCAAUUGAAAAGAUAUUCCACCCCAAAUAUUGUUACUACUGAGUGUGUUGUGAGUGGAAAAAGUCAUGCAUACCUUUCUGAGCAGAAUCUUCCAAGACUUUAUAAAUGGAUCUGAACUCUCCAGUGCGAUAUAAGGAAGAAUUAUAGCAUCUAAUACUUUUACAAUUUGGUGUAUGUGCUUAAUGGGGCUUUUAUAUUAUGUUGUUCAAUCUAGAAUUGUUUUCUCUGUUCUGUUAAACACAACCCUUAGAAUUAAGCCAUUAGAACUCUUAAUAUGAGAUGGCAGCAUAUUAAAUAAAUGAAUAACAUCAGAAUGAUUCUGUCCCAAUUAAGUCACUUUUAUAUCAAAAUCCAUUUAUGAUUUUUGAAUAAUUGCAAUAAAAGUUUCAUCAAAUUAAAAAUUUGCACUUUCAGUGGAGCAUUACAUGUAAUAUGCGAUUGUACUUUGUUCUUCAGUCAUGUCCUGCUUUUUUGGAUAAGAGCAUCCUCAAUCUAAAACUUCUUCAACAGCUGUUUUUCAAAGAUGCAUAAAUUGAUGGAACAUAGUUAUUGCUGUUUAAAGAAUCUGUGUUUCUUAUUCAACUAGGUGAUGUUAGAUCAGUUUGCAAAGAAACAGCAUGGAUCAAACUACAUAUAUUCUUCCAAUAUUACAUCAAAAAGUUAUUUUAGAGUAUCCAUGCUAUAUUAUAGCUACAUUCUGCAAUAAUGACAAUGCUGAAAUUCUGUGAACAUUUAUUACAAGUAGUUUUGUUAAGCAAGGGUAGAAAUGUACUGUAUGAAACAAUAACAUUUAUGGCUAGAUAUGAACUUGUUUUAUAUUACAACUUUUGAAAUAUUAUAUAUUAUAAAAAUAUUGGUGGGCUGCUUGGACUAAUUAUAUACAUAUCUCAACAUUACUUAAGUGUCUUUAUUAGUAGAUGUCAUUAAUUAUAGAGAUUUUAGGAAAGUUUCAUUAAAUAUUUGAAUGUUUAAGAAAAUAUGUGCAGAAAUAUCAUAAUACAGUUCUGUGUGACUUGUCAUACUUUUCUGUGUCAUGGAAAUAGUCUAUUGACAAGCAAAAGAUUGAAGAAGAUAUGCAAAUGUAUUCACCUCCUGUCAAUUUUAAAGCAGGAUUCCUUGAUGUAACAAAUGGACAUAAUUGGGAAGCAGGGGGGAAGUGAUACCACAUAUAUGACAGUAAACAAAUUAUUCAAAUUAUGUAAUUAACGAUGAGAAUUGAUAUUAUGAUACAUUUGAUGUGGUUUCUGUCAAAUACAUAGGGUAAUACAACAUUGCAGUUUAUUUUCAUUCUCACAGAAAUUUAGAGCACAAUCCUUUAAAUAAUUGUUGAGAACAAACCUUCCUUAGUUGAGUUUAACACACCAAAUAUGUGUAAAAGAAGCAGCCAAAUAAGAGGGUUAGUGUUGCUUGUUAAAUAGAUUUUAUAUUUAAGUAAUACAAUAUAGAUGAAUUGUUGAUAAAAAAUGAGAUGUUUAGAUUUGCUGUUUGAGACACAGAUAUGGAACUAGAUAUUUUUCUGUUUAUAAGGUCAAAAACCAUGUGCAUAUAGUUGAAGAUAAGUAUCAGAAUGAAAAAAUACUAUCAAAACAUUUCAAAAUCAGGAAUAUAAUUUUUUAUUUUAAUUAGAUGAAAAGCAUUUUGAAAUAAAGUAUGUCUUCAUAUAUUUUAGGCACCCAUCUCAGCUUUACUUUUAUAAACUUUGUAACAUUGAAAUGUAAAAAUAAAUGCAAAAUCUUCAAGUAAAGUAUAUUAAAUUGACAACA